AUAUGCUGUCAGUCAACGUUGUCCUAUCGGCGCUCAUCUACCGAGGCAUUCCUCAGUAUGCUGUCUUCGCCGAGACUAGGUGUUGUUGACCUGGAAAUAGUCUAUAUCGCUUCCCCGAAUCUUGGUCCUUAUUUGGGUCUUGCACCAAUUGCAUUGAUCAUUUAUGAUUACCUCCUUACCCUCGACGUGGAGAUACAGCUGCUCUGGAGUCAGAAGCUACCUCGUGCGGCUGUUUUGCUUUCCGUGCUUAUUCGCCUUGUCCUCUUAUGGAUUGUCGUCAUCUCUUUGUUGCAAUUCACGCCAUGUUUUUUGAAUGAUGCUGUAAGCCGCCUCUCUUUCACCAUUGCUCGAGAAAUCUCGCUCGUUCUCACUGUAAUGUCUGCUUAUUUCGUCCCCGCAAUCAGCAUGAUCCUAACAGCAAUUGUUUCUACGAUGCGUGUAUAUGCUGUAACCAUGCGGAACAAAUACGUGACGCUGUUGGCAUUGUGUCUCGGCAUUAGCCCCGUGUUCAUGGUUUAUUUUCAGUACAGUGUCCAUAUCAAGCGAUACAUGAUGACAGCUCAAGGGGAUCCUCAGGCACUAUAG